GGAAGAGAGGGCAAGCUUGUGCCAAAUCCUGACAAUGGCGAAAGAUGACUCCACUGUUCGUUGCUUCCAGGGCCUGCUGAUUUUUGGAAAUGUGAUUGUUGGUAUGUGCGGCAUCGCCCUGACCGCAGAGUGCAUCUUCUUCGUAUCUGACCAGCACAGCCUCUACCCACUGCUUGAAGCCACCGACAACGAUGACAUCUACGGGGCAGCCUGGAUUGGCAUGUUUGUCGGCGUCUGCCUCUUCUGUCUGUCCGUUCUAGGCAUUGUAGGCAUCAUGAAAUCCAACAGGAAAAUUCUUCUGGCGUAUUUCAUUCUGAUGUUUAUAGUAUAUGGCUUUGAAGUGGCGUCUUGUAUCACAGCAGCAACACAACGAGACUUUUUCACACCCAACCUCUUCCUGAAGCAGAUGCUAGAGAGGUACCAAAACAAUAGCCCUCCAAACAAUGAUGACCAAUGGAAAAAUAAUGGAGUCACCAAGACCUGGGACAGACUCAUGCUCCAGGACCACUGCUGUGGUGUCAAUGGCCCGUCAGACUGGCAGAGAUACACAUCUGCCUUCCAGACUGUGAAUAAUGAUGCCGACUAUCCCUGGCCUCGUCAGUGCUGUGUGAUGAACAGUCUGAAAGAACCUCUCAACGUGGAGGCCUGCAAGCUAGGAGUGCCCGGGUACUAUCACAAAGAGGGGUGCUAUGAACUCAUCUCUGGACCCAUGAACCGACACGCCUGGGGGGUUGCCUGGUUUGGAUUUGCCAUUCUCUGCUGGACUUUUUGGGUUCUCCUGGGUACCAUGUUCUACUGGAGCAGAAUUGAAUAUUAA